UUAAAAGCGGUUGAAAACCACUGCUAAUAUGCUGGAUUCAUUUACCGGAUGGUCUAAGGCUGAUAAGUGACACUGCAAGGGCUACUUGUACAUCAGUCUGCAUGUAUCCAAUAUGUUCAGAUCUGGAGUACUCCGUACUCUAGGUAUACCUGGUAUAAGGGGGGUGAGGCACGGCAUCAUGACGUUACGCUGUCGGACCACGUCCUAUUUUGGUGUAUUCAUAUCGACAUGGCUUACCUACCUGGAUCCUAAGGUAUUAUUCUCUUGCCCCACACAUGAUUCCAUUUCAUCUUCAGACAAGUGAAGCAAUUCAUCUUAUUUGUACGCACCUGAGCGUCUAUACGACAUGGCACCAGUUUCUGCUGAGCCCGAUAUCAGAUAUGUGCCAUUGUUAGUAGUGGUCACUCACUUCAUAUCUGUGGUCGUCUUAGCUACCAUUGUUGGUCGGAGUCUGUUCCUGUCCUACGUUAGCCUUCCACCUACCCAAGCCACACGCGCCCGGUCCGAGCGAAGAUCAACCCUCAUUCCGUUAUUCGCCAGCCUCCUGGCCGUAAGCUUGGCCAUCGCGGUGUACGAAGCUUCAUCCUAUGCCGUCUUGUCGUAUAAAGUCUGGGCAGACCAACGUGCUGUUGACGUCCCAAUCAGACUCUGCAGUGAAGAUAACGCGCUGCUCGGCAAUAAUGCAACACCAUCGCAUAUUGCCCGUUGGCUAACGGACACUGCUCUUUAUAUUGAUGCGUAUGAAGUCCUUGCUGAACAAGCUGGCCGUUUCUUUUGGGGUCAGCAGAUUGAGCUUGCAACGAUAUCAUGGAGCCUGCUUCUGUCGAUUGAAGGUCGCCGAAGGAAAAUCUCUUCGCUGUGGGCGUAUCUCGCCUUGGCUCACCUGGUCAGCUUGCCAUUCGCGCAGAACCUCUUCUAUAUUGCCUUGCUCCUCACUCCGACGCCAAUGCCAGCCAGGGAGGAUUCAGGAUACUUAGACUCGGCCUUCCGAAGGGUUUACAGCCGCAUAUUCCCCCCAAAACCUAUCAAUUGGAUGCCUCACCCGGCCCUGUUCCUCGUCCCGCUGACGCAAAGCUUCGGCGUGGUGUUCUGUCUUCCAUGGAUUGCUGGGACAUCGUCCUUUGCGACGGCUGUGCUCUUGAACAAAGCACUCUCGUUCGCGCCACUAGUUGUCCCCGCCGUCGCUCCGCUCAACUGGGGUAAAGUCUACGAUCACCCCCACAGCGCUUACAGCGCUCUCACAGAUCUGUUCCGGUUUGUCUCGACGGCUACGUUUCUCCUGCAUGCCAAGGCGACCGCCUUGGCACUGCUUCACAAUGCACCCCAUACCCAUUUUCACAGACACAGCAAGCUCCUGCCAUUUGAUAUGGGGAAGCGGAGGAUAUCGGAACGGACAAGCACGGCCUUCGCCAAGGUUUUGGGGUCGAUGUUUGAUCACCCUAUGGUGACAGGUGUUGUGUGGGAUGUAUUGCUGAGCGGGGUCAGUCUCAUAGUGUGGGCUUCGAUUCGGCCGCUCGAUGUGAUUGACGUCCUCGCGGUUGCAACCCCCUUCUUCAAGAGCACAAUCCUGGAAAGACAUCACGAAGAGCCUUGCGCGUAUGACGAUGCAGAUAUAUCAAAUUCACCUGGUGGUGCUGAUCAACCUGACGGUCCGGCAAGUUCAACCAGAUCACGAACAAGGCUGGGAACGUCCAGUACGAGUCCAAAGGCAUCGUCGAGGUCGAGUCGGGGUAGUGCCCGCCGAAAGAAGGCACAGUUGGAAGAGAUGGAAUACGUUCCGGGUCCGGAGAAUCGAAUGGUCGUGGAAGGGGACGUGCAACCGGAUGAAGACGUGGACUGGGAAGCUGCUGGGUUGACCUGGGGAUUGGCGUAUCUAGGUGGACUGGGAUUCAGCAGUGCGGCAGUUUUCGGAGCAGAAUGCAUUUCGAGAUGAGGCAUUACUUGUUUGGCUAGUUUGAUCCGGUCUUUGGACCACGGGACUUGGCGUUGAUCUAUUUCCCCAUGACGACGAGAUGAUGAUGGGGUUAUCAGGGGCUCCUAUGGCACUUGUAGGGCAUCAAAGGCAAUCGGAAUCGGGCGAAUCAUAGGGACACACGCUUGCGUUUCUCGUGUUGAUGGGAUUCCCGCCACAUCCUCGACAUCCCACCUCCCCCACCGACAUUGCCAUUUUAAGUCUCCGCGGAGAGCUGCACCAAGCGCGGAUUUCGAAGACCCGCAAACUGACCUCCUGGGACAGCGCCCAUUCCUUAUCCCUAGUGGGCAUUGGCAUUUUCAUGGACAGCCUACGGGCAAUCGAUCGCCCGACUAACCCAUCU